UUAGUUUUAUCCUAGUUGACCGAUUUAAACUGAGUGAACACGUGAACAUUUAAUGACCCGAAGUGAGUCUGCAAAAACCUUUGUAUAAAUUGUGGACCACAAAUUACUUUCGGUCCAUGUUCCUGUUAACGUCUGUUCACGUUGGUGUGUGAAGCACUAAUACUGUGAAAUGUUGGGGAGAACACUGAAAAUUCUUCGUGCGGCCGAGGCUCAUCUGGUGCAAAUGCAUCAGUUUGGAAAUGUCAAAAAACUUUCCACGAAAGUUUCCGAGCAGUUAAAUCAGCUUGCCUUCUUUGACGAUGAAUCCCAAGCAUCAGGACAAGUUGCUCAAAGUUUCAAAGGGAUGGAUCCAGAUUUUCCUUGUGCUACUAAAAACCCCUCAGCUGGUCCAGAGCCAGAGUAUGACAAUGUGGUCUCAGGUUUCAAACUUUACCACCAUCAAGAGCCGUUCUAUUUCAAGUACAAUGAUGCUGUGUUACCAGAGCUGGAAAUUGCCUACGAAACAUGGGGAGAACUCAAUGCAAGUAGAGACAAUGCUGUUGUAGUUCAUGCUGGGCUGUCAGCUAGUUCUCAUGCAAAAAGUCACAAGGACAAUCCGAAGCCUGGUUGGUGGGAGAAAUUUGUUGGACCUGGCUGUGCCAUUGAUACAAAUAAGUUCUUUGUUAUCUGCACUAACACUUUAGGGGGAUGUUAUGGAACCAGUGGACCCUCAUCUGUUAAUCCUGUCACUGGUAAGCGGUAUGCUACAACUUUCCCAGUAGUCUGUGUAGAUGAUAUGGUGCAAGUACAAUGGCUACUGUUGAAUCACCUUGGAAUCCCAAAGUUGCAUGCCUCUGUUGGAUCUUCCUUAGGUGGGAUGUGUAGUCUUACAGCUGCUGUACAGCAACCAGAAAGAGUAGGGAGGUUGAUCUCAAUAUCGUCUUGUGGGCAGUCCCAUGCCUCUUCCAUAGCUCUGCGCUACCUUCAGAGGAAAACGAUCAUGACAGACCCAGAUUGGAAUAAGGGCUUCUAUUAUGAAGGCAAAUAUCCUAGAACAGGAAUGAAGAUGGCAAGGGAGAUUGCCACCCUGGGAUACCGUAGUGGACCAGAAUGGGGCAAGAGAUUUGGGAGGAAGAUGCUGAACCCAGGGAAGCCAAGCCUUUGCCCAACGUUCCUCAUAGAGAGUUACCUGGACUACCAAGGGGAGAGUUUCUGUACAAAGUAUGAUCCUAACUCUUUGCUGUACAUUUCAAAGGCUAUGGACCUGUUUGAUGUGGGCGAAGACUAUGGAGGCAAUGUCCAAACAGCCCUGUCCAGGAUUGAAUGUCCAGUCAUGGUCAUUGGUGUGAAAACGGACAUUCUAUUUCCAAUCUGGCAGCAGAGGGAGCUAGCGUGCAAUUUGAAGGAAGCUGGCAACAACGCUGUGACCUUUUAUGAAUUAGAUUCCAUUUAUGGUCAUGACACAUUCCUACUUGAUCUGAAUGGUGUUGGGUCUGCAGUAAAGGGAUUUCUUGAGACAGAAUUGGCAGAAAAGGGAAGAGCUCGACCACAGAAAGAUUUGGAUAACGCAGUGCAGUGACUUAAAAAUUGGACUAGCACAUUCGUAUCUGUUUACAACAAAAGCGAAAAGUGAACAUGGAUUUCCAGAAUUCUAACAGCUUUCUCCCCCAACCACAACUGUCAGAACAGUGGCAAAUAGGGGCUUGAUAUCCAGACAGCCAUGAACGCAAACGGCAGCAUGGCUACUCAACACAAGUGCGUGCAGCAUACAAGGUUUAUGGACUUAAAUGAGAGGGCAACUUACCUUAGACAGUGUACCAAUGACAUUACAAAAGCCUGUAGGUAGGCAGAAAACAUCUUUAACAAUAACUAUGCAAACAUGCUAAACCAUGAUAAGGGGCCUAUUGUUUAGUGUUACUGGUGCUAGGAAUGUUGAAUGGAGAUGGGGAUUUUUAAAUAUGAAUUUACAUUGUAUUUUCACAUGAGAAGUAAUAUUUUGUAAUACUUUUUCAAUUGAGUGGGUUAAGCUUUAAGGCAGGUUUGCCUAUUUUUUUUUCAUUCAGUUUGUGGGUCCUUUGUAUGAAAGGUCAUCAUAUUGCACUCUUUUUGGCAAGUACAGAUUUUAAAGCUUCUGUAAUGAAAAAAACCUAAGAAUUAUUUAUUCUCAAGUAAUACCGAUUUUUCAAUGUGGAAGGUUGAAAGUGCCAAUUCCAUCAGUGUACAUUUUUCAUCACAUUUAUGCAUCUUUGAUCUCGCAAAAAUCAUUUUCAUUGUGUUAAUGUAUGAAUAAGUUGUAAACUCUUGUACAACUAUUGACAUUUCAUAAUUUUUUUCUUUCUGUGGAAAAAAAUAAGUGCAGUAUAAUGAAUUUCAUAAAAUGGAUAAUUUUGUGCGGGAUUUUUCCCCCUAAAGAUGCCCAAUUCAUUUUCUUUGAAUAUUAUUUACUUAUAUCAGAAAGGCAAGUUCCAUCAUUUUCAAAAAGUAAAUUAAAGUACAAGGUAGACAUAUUAAACUGUACACUAUAUGUUACCCUAUUGUAAAAUUAGUGGUCUCAACAGUAAAUACAAAAAAAAAA